UUCGGCCUCUCUCCUUUUAACCCCGAGUGGCCGAGACCCUUCCCUUCUCUUCAGUCUUCUCUCGAGGACUACGGACUCACGGAAGGACUCUUGUUUCGAGACGCCGUUCCCGUUUUUCUCGCUUUCAGCUAUAAAAUCAGAACCCAACUCCUCCAUCCUCCCUCAGAGCCAAGCUUUUCGUUCGCCGGGAAUAAACGAGAACAGCUACUUGAAAGAACAGCGCCGGAGACAAGAGAGGAAGGCAAAAGAGAGUGGGGUUUUGUUCACAGCAAUUGCUCCAAAUGCAGCAGAGUCUUCAGGGUCCAGUUCUUUCCCUCUCCCCGAGUUUUAACAGUUAUUCUUGCAACACAUUUGCAGAGAUCGCCGCUAAAGUUGGCGAAGAAUUCAGCGAACAAUCAAAGCUUUAUGUCUCGGAUAAAUCAAUGGAAAAGCCACCGCCUCUACAGAGCUCAGAAUAUCAAUCUAAAGAAGUGCAGGAGCAAGAACAAAUAGAAGGCGACAACGACGACAAAGACGAUGAGGAUGAGUUCGAAUUCUCCUUUUGUAGGGAUAACGACGAGUCUCCUAUCUCAGCUGACGAGAUCUUUUUCAACGGUCAGAUCCGGCCCAUCUUUCCCAUCUUCAACCGGGAUCUUCUUUUCUCUGACGGCCAGGACGAUGAUUCCAAGGCCCCGGAGGUUUCGUCCGUUCGGCUUCCUUUGAGAAAGCUGUUGAUCGAAGAACGCAACCCGCCGUCUUCGUCUUCUUCGGAAGCCGACGAACUCGAUGGAAUACCUCCUGGAACUUACUGCGUUUGGGCACCGAAGUCGGUUCAAGCGUCUCCCGAGAGAUGUAAGAAGAGCAAUUCCACUGGAUCAUCCAAGCGCUGGAGGUUCAGGGACCUCCUGCAUCGAAGUAACAGCGAUGGGAAGGAUACCUUCGUUUUCUUAACUCCUUCCAACAGCAACUCAUCGUCUUCCAAGGCGAAGAAGAGAGACGAGAAGCCUGAGAAUUCUAAAGGGAGGAGAAACUCCACCAACCUCAAGGUCUCCGGAAAAACGAAAGGUAAGGGAAUCUCUGGCGAGGCAGCGUCGGCUCAUGAGAUUCAUUACGUGAGAAAUCGAGCAUUGAAAGAGGAGGAUCGGCGGAAAUCGUAUCUUCCGUACAGGCAGGACCUCGUUGGAUUCUUCGCUAACGUGAACGUGUUGAGCAGAACUCUUCAGCCAUUCUAAUCUCUUCCUCCUUUUAACCUCGCCUCGACUCACGCCUCACGCCUCACGCCUCAAUAUCCAUUACCGUAACGAUAUAAGGUCCAUAACUUUCCGGUUUUCUUUUCUCCCCCCUCCUAUUUUAUUUCUGUAAGUAAAAUUACUUAGGAGUGGACGGAAACCUGAUCAGGUAUUCAGGUGUUCCUCUUUCGGAGUCUUGUAUUGACUGUACAUUUUAGUAAUUUCAAGCUAAAAUUUUGUUUUUCUUUUCUUUUUUACUUCCGCCGGCAAUCUGGAUUUGAACUCAGAUGGUUGUUGGAAAAAGAAAAUAUAUUGCUUGAUAAAUUAGGAAGCAAAAUGUGUGAAGCUGUAAAAAAUGGAAUGGAAUGCUUUGUAAAUUGUGUAUUGUUUAGUGUUUCCUCUUGAGCAGGGAUAAGUUCUCUGAUUCUCUCAAAUCUCAAGCUGUGAAUUGUGUUUA